GAGGAAAAUAUUUAGUUGAGACCACGUGUUUUAAUGAAAUCUGAUUGCUAAGUAGCAAAUAAUGUGGCGGAUUCUGAUCAACGUUGUCCUUGCGGCCCAAGCGGUCACCGCCCAGUUCCCGUUCAUGAACAUAUCAUUGUCAUGGGCUGACCGCGUAGACGACCUUGUCGGCCGGCUGACGCUACCGGAUGUGAUGUUUCAGAUGGCGAAAGGUGGCGCUGGUCCGCAGGGAGGCCCGGCCCCUGCAAUCCCGAGACUGGGGAUUGAGCCCUGGGCGUGGAAUACGGAAUGUCUGAGAGGGGACGCUAAUUCGGGCUUAGCUACGGGAUUCCCGCAAGCUUUAGGGCUUGCAGCCGCGUUCAAGUAA